ACAGUUUUUGGCUACUUAUCACUCUCCAUACCAUUCCUAACGGCGCGAUACAGCAAAGAUUCUCAAGCUUUCCGUUUAGAGACUUAUUACAAAUCGGGGCGAAUGAUGGUUAAGUUGGCGGAAUCUAUUGGCAGACUUGUUAUGGCCGGACGUAACUUCACACGACUCGCAGCUUAUACUACAAGAGUUAAUCAACUCAUUAACACUAUUGAAAAUAUUCCGAACAAUAAUACACUGAAACCAAUAACUUGUGAAGAGAUAUCGCGUCCAUUGAUUGCUGGCUCAGGUGUGGUCCAGAUAUGUGAUCCCAAGAACCCAACGGUACAGUUCUGUGAUGUGCCUCUCUGUACCCCAAGUGGUGAUCUAUUGGUCCAGUCUAUUAAUUUCACAUUAAGAAUGGGUCAAAAUGUUAUUAUAACUGGGCCCAAUGGCUCAGGAAAGUCGUCCCUAUUUAGGCUAUUGGGAGGUCUGUGGCCUUUAUAUGGGGGCAGACUUAUUAAGCCUCCGAACAGUAAACUGUUUUACAUCCCUCAGCGGCCGUAUAUGACAAUCGGCACAUUCAGAGACCAAAUAAUAUAUCCGGACACUUGUGAUGAUAUGUAUAGAAAAGGAAUUUUGGAUUCCAAUCUAUUAGAAUACCUCAGAAUUGUGCAAAUUGAAUAUUUAGUCGAAAGGGAAUCGUGGGAUUCGGUACAGGACUGGCAUGACGUGCUCAGUGGUGGUGAGAAGCAAAGAGUAGCACUGGCCAGACUUUUAUACCACAAGCCGUUGUUUGCAAUUUUGGACGAAUGCACUUCAGCUGUGUCCAUAGAUGUCGAGCAAUCCAUUUACGAAUACCUACUGAACUCAGUCCAGUGUUCGCUAUUAAGUGUCACCCAUAGAGUGAAACAAUUACAACAAUUCCAUCACUUUGUCUUAGAAUUCGACGGCUGCGGAGGAAUGGCUUUUAAGCCACUCCUAGACGAAGACUCUGUGUCCAUAGAUGUCGAGCAAUCCAUUUACGAAUACCUACUGAACUCAGUCCAGUGUUCGCUAUUAAGUGUCACCCAUAGAGUGAAACAAUUACAACAAUUCCAUCACUUUGUCUUAGAAUUCGACGGCUGCGGAGGAAUGGCUUUUAAGCCACUCCUAGACGAAGACUCUGUUGUCUUAUAACUGAAAACUAAAUCAAAAUGUGAUUGAUUUUAUUUUGUUAUUACCGGUAACUUUUAAUUACAG